AUGCCGCCUACGUCCUCCUCGCCGAAUUUGAUAUCGAUACCGGAAGCGGGCUCAAACACCAGUACCCAGCCGCCACCGGAACAGCCGAACAGUCUUGUCUUGGCUGAUCUCAUGCUUCCCGACGGCGCCCACGACCGCAACGAGGACUGGACGGUCUUCUUCCUCAACCAGACCCCCAGACUGACCGUCACCAAUAACUCCCAUCUCAUAAACCAGCCCCAAUCAACCCCAACCUCUAAUCAUCAUCAGCAGCAGCAGCAACAGGAAUCAAAACCUUCCAUUCAACAGCCCACUUUCAACAAACCUCAUAAUAAGUUACUCUACGUCAUCAGCCUCGUCCGGACAAAAAAGGAUACCUCAGUCAGAAGAGGGGCGAUUUGCAAGGCAAUGGCCGUGUGCUCAUACUAUCCUUAUAUCCAAAUCUUCAAGCCAAUUCUAUUGCUCGCGCUUGAAGAUUAUUUUGUAAACCCAUCGAUCGACUGUCUUGCUCGGCUAUUUCACGCGAUCAACACGAUGGAUACCAGCGGGCUGCCCGAUCUGACCUAUCACGAACGAUUGAUUCUGAGAUGUUCGGAACGCCAAGAUAUGUUUGAGGAGAAAUUCACGAGCUCCUCGGCCGAGAAUCGCGAGCCUGUCGACGGCCCACUGUCUACGAUCGCAUCCAGUCACAGCCAGAAUAACCUGAGCCUGCCCUCAUCAAAUUUCCCAAUCUUCUAUAAUCACCCGCCCUCAACUGCGACCAAGGCCAGCUUCACAGACUCCAGUCCAGGCACGCCACUCAUGCCUUCCUCAUCAUCUUUCAUCUCAUUCGACACCCGAUCAGUCUACUCAAAUCCGCCCCACCAACGCACAUUGUCAGGCUCGUAUUCGAACGCCAGCUCGGUUGAAUCCCCUGGCAAGCCGACCUCCCACCAGGCUUUCAAAGGCUCCCACAGCCGCACUCCCAGCAAUCUACCCAACCAUCUCCACUCUUCCUCCUCUCAAUCUCACCACCAGUACACCUCCAACAAUAGCACACUCAACCACUAUCGCACACCGUCCCAGAAACGGCCUCGCGAUACUCAUUUCUUUGACACGAAGAUCGAGUACGCUGGGAAAGCCAUUCCGGUCAGGAUCCCUUUACAAACCUUCCCGGAAGAAGUCGGAGAAUAUUCGUUAAUCAAGCUGAUCCAGACCUUCUCGUCCCCGAAUGCGUUGAAUCCGAACGGGCCAUUCCACCCCCAUUUGCACUCCAGCGGCGCGUUCACCCACCCCAUCGUCUUUCUCUUCAACGCCCUCAUCACCCAGAAACGCAUCGUGUUCUUGGGCCACGGCUUGCCUGCUGGCCAUGUCUCCGAGAUGGUCCUGGCUGCCUGCGCCCUCGGAUCCGGCUGUGGGGGAGUCCUUGAAGGCUUUAUUUCCAGGGCGUUUCCGUACUGCAAUCUGACGAUCUACGAAGACUUUAAAGUGGUACCUGGGUAUAUCGCCGGUGUGACCAAUCCGAUCUUCGAACUGCACACGGAUGCCUGGGACGUGUUCUGUAACAUCGAGACGGGCAAGAUCACGGUCUCGAAAGAGAUCGCGAUUCCGCUCCACUCUGUCCGUCCCUUCUCACCCGCCCCGCCGGAGCGCUCGACCACCGAACUCACCACCGCUAGUGGCGCCGUCCUCGGCGGAUUGCCUCUCGGAAAUAUCCCUUCCUCCAGCUCGAAUGUUAAGGACGACUCCCAUCUCCUCAAAAGCUCUAAUGCUAUCGGUAGUCUUAAAAAUGACGCGGCUAUCGCCAAGGAUUCGUUGGACAAUUUGUUGAUGGAAGACAUUUUACAAGCGAUUCAAGCCCACUUUGGCGAGCCGAUCAUCCGGGCAAGGAUGAUGGACUACGUGAGACGAUUUAUUAGGAUUGGGUCGCGGUGGGAGGAAGAUCAAUACGGGACGAGCGGGAUCGGGAUCAAGACGCUGACCUUCAAGGUCCUUCCCACACUCCGCUCUCGGACCAACAGCGCCAACAACACUUCUCAGUCGGCUAACCAAGGCUCCACGGCUUCCAGUCGCUCUCAACUCGUCAACGAGAAGAUCAAGUUCCUCGGCUCAGGCGCCGUCUUCGUCGACGACGAAGCCGCUCAUAAAAAGGAAAUCCUGCUCAACUCGUCCAGAAUCGAAGGCUGGAGGGAAACUGACUCGUAUCAAAUCCUCAAAAAAAAGUUUGAGGUUGGUGGGGAGACCCAUUUCGGGUACGAUAUCUCCCAUCAGAUCAGCCGGUUGAGGAUGUCUCGGAAAAUGACAGAGGUGGAAGUGGAGACGAUCUACGAGGUGUUGGUACACACGAUCGAGACGGAUGAGCAAGUACUCGAGGUUUUAUCGUGGUUGCCGUCGUAUCUGGGAGGCCUGCUACCGCUCAGCUUCGGGCUCUUCCACCCCUCGAAAAAGAUCCGCGGCCUGAGCGUGGAGCUGGUGCGCAAGUUCGAGGCGCACCCGAUCGGCCAGAAGUUUUUCAAGAGCCUCAACCACUUCAACAAGCUCGCCUACCAACGGCUGGCCCAUUACCAGCUCGUCCGGCCCCUCCACCACCACCAGCAGCAGCAGCAGCAGCAUCAGAAUGAGAGGGAGAGGGGCGAGAGUCACGAGGGCUUCGAGAAGUCGCCGCUCGACGCCAAGCUCAUCGGCCAUUUCAGCCAUCUCUCCUUCCACCCUUCCUCCUUCCCCGCCUCCUCCGCCUCCUCUAUCUCCUCCAUCUCCCGCCAUCCUAGCAUCAUCCGCGCCAGAUCUUCUUCCGCUAAUACGGAGGCCGAAUCCUUCCUUGAGUUCUAG